UUCAGUUUUCUCAGAUUGCGGCUCAACUCAUGCAUUGAAUUCUCCAAAUUAUCCUCUCUUUCUCCAUAAAUUUACCACUUAUAAUCGCUUAAAUCCACCAUUCUUCGCUUCCCUAUUUUGUAAUUUCGUACGAUAUAUAACCACUCGAGCAGUCGCUUACUCAAUCUUCUGUUACUCUUAUUUAAUGCUAAGGUCUUUGUCUAUUAGCCGUUCUCAGUCUUGGCUGGGAAAAAUUGAGUUUCGGAUUCACAUUUCCAGCUUGUUGAAAUCGGAAAUGGCACCUCCAAUCUUGUCGCUGGUUCUUCCUUCGGAAACUGGUCGGGUUCUCAGCAUUCAGUCUCACACAGUUCAGGGAUAUGUUGGAAAUAAAUCAGCUGUCUUUCCCCUUCAAAUACUGGGCUUUGAUGUUGAUCCAAUCAAUUCAGUACAAUUCUCAAACCAUACAGGGUACCCGUCCUUUAAAGGCCAAGUUUUGAAUGGACAACAACUAUGGGAUUUAAUAGAAGGACUUGAAGCAAAUGAUUUGCUGUAUUAUACUCAUUUGUUAACAGGUUAUAUUGGUUCAGUUUCAUUUUUGAAUGCUGUAUUGGAAGUUGUCAAUAAGCUUCGCUCCAUAAAUCCAAAACUUACAUAUGUUUGUGAUCCAGUAAUGGGCGAUGAGGGGAAACUUUAUGUUCCACCGGAGCUAGUAGCUGUAUAUCGCGAGAAGGUUGUUCCAGCGGCUUCAAUGUUGACUCCUAACCAGUUUGAAGCUGAACAGUUGACUGAGUUCAGGAUUGUGACCGAAAGAGAUGGCCGUGAAGCUUGUAACAUUCUUCAUGCCGCUGGACCUUCAAAGGUUGUAAUUACAAGCAUCAAUAUAGAUGGCAAUCUUCUACUUAUUGGCAGUCAUCAAAAGGAAAAGGGCCAAUCUGCUGAGCAAUUCAAGAUUGUGAUACCCAAAAUCCCCGCAUAUUUUACGGGAACUGGAGAUCUGAUGACUGCACUUCUGCUUGGAUGGAGUAAUAAACAUCCUGACAACCUUGACAGGGCAGCAGAACUUGCCGUAUCAAGUUUACAGGCUCUUCUGCAGAGCACGGUGAAUGACUACAGAAGAGCUGGUUAUGAUCCCCAAUCAAGUAGUUUGGAGAUCAGGUUAAUCCAAAGUCAGGAUGACAUUCGCAAUCCUCAAGUUAGAUACAAAGCUGAGCAAUAUCAAUAAAUGGGUAUAGUGUAUUAGGUUUAUCAACUGUUGAAUGUUUGCAAACUGUAGCUUUUUAUUUUUGGCUAAAAUGGUACAUUGCUCAUGUAAUUCCUGACCGAUUUGUUUGCAAACAAUUUUGCAAUUCCUUUUGCUGUUACGUUUUCUUCUCAAUCUCAUUCUAGACAGGAAUUCCUCAAAGGCCUAUAAUGUUUCAAUGUUUUUGUCAA